AUGUCUGAUGAACUGUCGGCUGAAAAUGUCCGACAACGUCGAGUGCCGGACUCUCCAGAUUCGGAACAUCUGAGAGCUCCGGGAAAAGACGAUGUCCGACCGACGAGCGAUGAAAGCGACAUGGAUGCAGUGCUUCAAGACGAAGACAGGUUGGUAUUUAGCAGGCGAAAGAGAGCACACAAACGGGUUUACGUGGGGAAAGUUACGAAACAAGUUUACCUUAUAGUGAUGCUGGAUCGAAAAAGAAGGAGGAUGAGUAAGUGAAAGAUAUGUUGUGCUGUCUAGAAUUGAACCAUACGCAUAUCUUUGAGGAUCACAAGUGUUUAAUCUUCAGAAUGGAGCGAUUAAUGCGCAACGCCAUCCCGCAGGACAAAGGAAGUCUCGGACAGUUGGCAGAUUCAUGGCUCGAAAGGCUGCCGCCGAAAUGGAGAAACUGGGUUGUUCGUGGACUGUUCACAAUACUCAUGAUCUCCACUUUUACGUUCAUCGUCAAUCGCGGAGCCACGUGGCUCAUGUUCCUGGUUAGUCUCAGCGCGAUGUUUAUAAGAAUCAAUCUGUUCGAUUUCGCACGAAUAUAAACAUUCCUUUCAGGUCUUCCUGAUCCAAUUCAAAUGUUUCCAAGAGAUAAUCUCCAUUGGACUUGCCGUUUAUCGUCUUUACGACUUCCCAUGGUUCCGUGCUCUCUCCUGGUACUUCUUGAUCACCAGCAACUACUUUUUCUUCGGCGAAAGUUUAAUUGACUACUGGGGAAUAGUGCUCAAGAAAGACGUAAAAACUAUCGGAAUCACUGGUGACAUACUGGUUCUCUUUUUAGAAUUUUCUUCAUUUCCUCGUCGCUUAUCAUCGGCUCGUCUCGUUCGCCCUCUACUGCAUCGGCUUCGUUUCCUUCGUUCUUUCCCUCCGGAAGGGGUACUACAUGCGCCAAUUCUCUCUGGUAUCGCCUAUUCCAAUCAUUUUAACCGAAACUUCAAAACUUCUUUGCAGUUUGCAUGGACCCACCUGACCCUGCUGCUCAUUGUGAGCCAGUCGUUCUUCAUCAUCCAGAACAUCUUCCAAGGACUGAUCUGGUUCCUCGCGCCAGUCGCCAUGAUAAUCUGCUGUGACGUCAUGUCGUAUAUGUUCGGAUUCUUCUGGGGAAAGACUCCGUUGAUCAAGUUGUCGCCGAAAAAGACAUGGGAAGGUUUCAUUGGAGGCGCUUUUUCCACUGUCGUCUUUGGAAUCUUGGUGAGCGUGUCUUCGCAUUAUUAUGCCUCAAUCGCUUUUUUCCUCAGCUCUCCCUGGCUCUCUACAACCGUCCGUUCUUCGUCUGCCCAGUUCAACACUACCAAACCGACAGCUCCAACUGCACCAUCCCGCUGGCAUUCCAACUUCAGGAUUACCCGGUUCCGCGGCCGUUCUCUUUCGUGUUCAAGAUACUAAGAAAGGAGCCAACCAUUCAGUUGUUCCCCUUCAUUUUCCACAGCAUUGCUCUCAGUCUGUUCGCUUCCAUUCUUGGUCCGUUCGGUGGCUUCUUUGCCAGUGGAUUCAAACGUGCAUUCAAAAUCAAGGUUUGUUGGGAGCUCACAUUAUUUCUCACUUGUCAAACUGCAGGAUUUCGGAGAUGUAAUCCCGGGACACGGAGGUCUAAUGGAUCGGUUCGACUGUCAACUUCUGAUGGGAACCUUCGUCAUGGUCUACAUCCACAGCUUCAUCCGAGUGCCAGAUGCAUCCAAGCUCAUCACUCAGAUACUGACCCUGGAUCCACAGGAUCAACUGAAUGUCUUCAAUCUCCUACAAUCGGAGCUCGCUAAAAGCGGAUUACUGUAG